CCUCUUGCAUGGCUGUUCUAUAAAUUCAUCUCAAAACAGUCUGUCAGAUGUGGUGGCACAGCUGGAGCCAUCCUGACCUGUCCCCUGGAAGUGGUGAAGACACGUCUACAGUCAUCCCAACUGACACUGCGGCCUCUGUGCCUCUCAGAGAUACAGCUGCCAGGCACCCCACCAUCUCCUGGAGUGCUCAAGUUGCUGAGGGCCAUCCUUGAGAAGGAAGGCAUGCGAUCCCUGUUCCGAGGUCUGGGUCCAAACCUUGUUGGGGUUGCUCCUUCCCGGGCUAUAUAUUUUGCUGCCUAUUCUGGUGUUAAGGAGAGGCUCAAUGCUGUCCUUGUACCGGAGUCCAAGAAAGUACACAUGCUAUCAGCAGCCUGUGCAGGCAUUACCUCUGCCACACUCACCAACCCUAUCUGGUUAGUGAAAACCAGGAUGCAGCUGGAAGCCAGGGUGAAGGGGGAGGUGGCCAGCAAUGCUCUCCAGUGUGCCAUGCAUGUGUACCGCACUGAAGGCCUUCGUGGAUUUUACCGUGGUAUCACUGCCUCCUAUGCUGGAGUGUCAGAGACCAUCAUACACUUUGUCAUCUAUGAAGCACUGAAACAGCAGCUGAGAAACAGCCAUCAUUCCCUUUCCCCACCGCUCACACUUUCACCAAACAGCCAUGAUUUCUUUGGACUAAUGGGAGCUGCUGCUGUCUCCAAAACAUGUGCCUCGUGCAUUGCAUAUCCACAUGAGGUCAUUCGGACACGAUUGCGAGAAGAAGGGACACGAUACCGUUCCUUUAUACAGACUCUGCAGCUGGUGGUCCAUGAAGAGGGACCCUUGGCUUUAUACCGAGGGCUUCUGGCUCACUUGAUCCGCCAGAUCCCAAACACAGCUAUCGUGAUGGCUACCUAUGAACUCAUUGUACAUUUGGCCUCUUCCACCUUGUAA